ACCACAUCCCCCAAUUGGCCCCCCACUCCGCCCCCACAUAGUGUACAUAACAAACGGACUUAAUUGGCAAUUGGCUAUCGAGUUAAAUGUGCGCGGCAGGCAGUCCCAUCGUCAGUGCACUCUUAAGGCAGAAUGUGCUCCUGCGAGGCGUUAACGCCAUCCGAGGAUCCACAUCCACGGUGGUCAGAACCAGGUCCAACUCAAAAAUCCACUGGCAGUCCCGCUCUUUUUCGUCGGACGCUGGAGCGGCCGUUACUGGGGCUUCAGCCUCCGCUUCCGCUUCCGCUCCAGAUGCUUCCGAUCCCGCUCAGAUCUCGCACCCGAAAACAGUGAGUGAUUACCAAGAGCUCUACCAAGCCACCAAAAAGAAGUUCCAAUCCAAGAAGCUGCCCGUCGAUGUUCAUCCGGACGCGGUGUUCGCCUGCAACGAACUGGACCUGAGCGAGGUGCAGGUGUAUGGCUUCGAUUACGACUACACGCUGGCCUGCUACAAGCCCGAUCUGGAGGAUCUGCUCUACAACCUGGCACGCGAGAUGCUGGUGAAACGGUUCCGCUACCCGGAGGACAUCCUGGAACUGGAGUACGAGCCGAACUUUGCGGUCCGUGGACUGCACUACGAUGUGGAGAAGGGUCUGCUCGUCAAGCUGGACAGCUUCCUGCAGCUCCAGUUGGGCUCGGUGUAUCGCGGCCGGACCAAAGUGGAGGCGGACGAGGUGCUGAAGCUCUACCACAACCGAUUGCUGCCCAUUGCCUAUGUCGAGGGGCCCAACAACAGCUACCGACACAACACCAACUCGAAAAUGGUUCAGCUGGCCGACCUGUUUUCCGUACCUGAAAUGUGCCUCUUGUGCAAUGUAAUCGAAUAUUUCGAGCGUAAUCGCAUCGACUACAAUCCGGAGAUUGUUUUCCAUGACACCAGGACCGCCAUGGGCUCCUGCCAUCCCAUAAUGCACGGCAAGGUGAUGUUGAACACCGAAAAGUAUAUUGAACGCAAUCCCAAGCUGGUCAAGUAUUUCGAAAAGCUUCAACAAGCUGGCAAGAAUCUCUUUCUGGUCACAAACAGUCCCUACUCCUUUGUAAACUGCGGCAUGUCCUGGCUGGUGGGUCCUCAUUGGAGGGAGUUCUUCGAUGUGGUCAUUGUCCAGGCUCGUAAGCCCAAGUUCUUCACGGACGAAUCUCGACCCAUACGCCUCUUUGACGAACGUACUCAGUCCCAUUUGUGGGACAGAGUCUUUAAGCUGGAAAAGGGAAAAAUCUACUACGAGGGUUCGGUGCGACAGCUGCAGGAGCUUAAAGGAUGGCGCGGCCACUCCGUGCUCUACUUUGGCGAUCAUCCCUACAGCGACUUGGCGGACGUCACUCUGAAGCACAGUUGGCGCACAGGAGCCAUCAUUAGCGAACUGGCGCAUGAGAUCGAGACCCUGAACCGUGUCGACUUCAAAAUGAGCGCCAACUGGCUGCAAAUGCUGACCCAACUCAUCGAGGAGACCCAGGACGAUGAGAGCGAAGCUGCCCAAACUUGCCUGAGAGAUUGGAUGGACGAGAGGGAUCAGUUGCGAAACAAAACCAAAAACGUGUUCAACGAGCAGUUUGGUAGUGUUUUCCGCACCUAUCACAAUCCCACGUACUUCUCGAGACGCCUAUUUCGCUUUGCCGACAUCUACACCAGCGACAUUACGAACCUGCUCAAGUUCUCCACCACCCACACCUUUUAUCCCCGACGGGGCGUGAUGCCCCACGAAUAUGCCUCCCACUUUAUUUAAAUGGACGCCCGUUAGGAAGAUGCUCAGAUUAGUUUUUAAGUAAAAAAGUGCCAGUGUUGAUUGCUUGUAGCUCGAAACUAGUGAAUUUAUAGCCUGUAUAUCGUUAUUUACAUUGUUGCUCAAUAAAAUCGUUGUAAUAGUUCAAGAAAA